AUGUUUGCCCGCCUCGCCUUCAUCGCCGCCGCCGUCGCGCUCGCCUCCGCCGCGCAGUCGCCCCGUGCCACCGCCGCCAAGCGCAACAACGACUACGCGCCUGCGCCCACCUACGAGGCGUCUUACGAGCCGACCUACGAGCCGACCUACGAGAGCGACUACCAGCCCGCUUACAAGCCCAAGCCCUACAAGCCCGACAACUACGACAAGGCUUACGACUACGCCUUCGAGCACUACGCCCACGAGGCCAAGGAGGACCGCCGCCGCGGCCUCGGCUACGGCGAGACCUGGGAGGACAACUUUGAGCGCCGCCACGAGUCCGACUACGAGCCCGAGUACCAGCCUGAGUACGAGGCGGAGUACCAACCGGAGUACGAGCCUGAGUACGAGGCGGAGCCCAUGUACGAGCCCGAGUACGAGCCGGAAUACGAGCCGGAGUACCAGCCCGAGUACCAGCCCGAGUACUCUGACUACGAGCCGGAGUACGAGGAGUACGAGAAGCGCAACAUGCCCUCGGACUGCAAGGACCACUCUUGCUACAACAAGGACUUCGUCCCGCGCAACGUUCCGGUCAGCAGCUGCAACACUGGUGACCUCCAGUGCUGCAACCAGGUCCAGACCGCCAAGAACGUCGACUUCGAGCAGUUCAAGGGCUCCGACAUCUUCGAGCUCAUCCCCAACCAGCUCCGCGGCUCCAACGCCCCGGUCGGCCUCGACUGCUCGCCGCUCAUCGCUGACACCUCGGGUGCCGUCCAGUGCAACCAGCAGUCCGUGUGCUGCGACGGUGGCCACUUCUCCGGCCUCUUCUCGGUCAACUGCAACGCCUUCAACGGUGGCUCCCAGUCCGCUGGUAUCUUCUAA